AUGUCUUACAUUCGUUUCACCGAGUUUCCCCAAGCCAUGCUGGAUUCCUCCGACAUUGCGAGCCGCUACGUAGCUUCAACCUUCGCAAUUCCAACUCUUCUCGGGGCCGAGUUCCUCUCCAUCGACGCGAAUGUUGUACCCAAUUAUAACUUCGACGUCCCUCGCGGCUGGACCUACUCAUAG